AGUGUUUUUCGAUAUAUAUCAUCUUUCCCCGAUUCUAAUCCAGCACCCCGUGAUGUUAUUCCGAAGGAACAGGUUCUGGUGCCCGACGAAUACCAUACCCUCGGCUUCCCGGAAGUCAGACCGGAUAUAAGUGUUAUGGACAGAGGCUUACAAUCGAAGCUCUGGAGGCAUAGAGCUGCUUUUGGAGAAGUCAAGUGGAACGUUGGCCAUGGCCCCGAUCCGCCUCAACCCGGCAGGGUCUCAGUCAUCGUCACCCAAGCAGCCGGUUACGCGCGUCUACAUAUGUCUGCAAGACCCUUCUCCCUUUUCUCUGUCGCCCUCCUUAUAUUCGGAACCAGGUUCUGUGUCGGAAUCUUCGAUCGCAAUGGAGUGGUUCUCUCUCCGACCUAUGAGAUGUUCGCCGAGGAGGGGUUGAAAAAGUUGAUUGGGGUUGUUCGCAAUCUGACCCAUGUCCUCACCGACGUGGACCUGGGCCGGGAUCCCACUGUUGACAUCCUUGACUCUGACGAAGCCGAGAGGCUGACGGGAGUGAGCAACCCUUAUCCGCUGUAUCGGAUCUCUCCCAUCGGGCAGGAUAACCGGUCUUGGUGUACAAUUGGACCCCCAGUGUGGUCAUCCAUAUCACUUCUUGGCCGGGGGACACUGAUCUUCCGCGUCCGGGAGUACCAUCCUGGCACUGGUCAAGGCAACGUCGCACACCUCGGAGACCAAACAAUGGUCAUGAAGACUGCAUGGAGGGACAGUGGUCGUAACUCAGAGUCUAGUAUAUACCAAUCCAUUACUGCGAGCCACCCUGGUCUAGCACAGUUUCUCAUAGGCGAAGACGUUAUCACUGCGGGUGGCGCGACCUUGACGGUCGACUCUGUACGCGGUAAUGCCGCAAAACUCGAGGAUAGCCCGGUCCUCCACCGGCUUAUACUGAGAAGCGUCGGACGUCCUCUAUGGGAAUACAACUCCGAUCUCGAGUUGCUGAAGGGAUGGUUGGCCGCCCUAAACGCGCACGAGUUCCUGAGCAGCCGGAAGGUCCUGCAUCGGGAUGUUAGUCCGGGUAACAUCCUUCUCGCGGCAGACCCCGAGAAAGCGGAGGCAGGCUCGGAGGGAUUUCUGAGUGAUUUGGAAUAUGCGCACAUUCAAGAUAUCCUUGAGACCAAAGUCGAGGUCAUCGAGCGAGAACCCGUCAAGCGAGGACGUACUGCGGAAGACAAGGCCAAGCGCGGUGCGCCACUCACGGGGACUCGUCAUUUCAUGUCUUCCAAAUUGCUCUCAGCCGUUGGUCGUGGCUCACCCACUAAGCACGUCGUUGAGGACGACAUCGAGUCGUUCGUCUGGUCGCUGGGCUAUGCCGUCAUGAGGAAGGCUGUCACGGCUACUAAUGGUAACAAGGACGAGAAGGAGGCGCAUGAGCUAUACAUGACCUCAUUCAAGAAGGCCUUUAGCCACUUAUCAGCACAAGCGAUUCUCGACAACAGAAAGAGCACACAUUCACCGGUCGCCUUCGCUCGGCUGCCCGAGCUAGACUCAUUCAUCGACCGCCAGGUGUCUGUGCCACUGCAAAAGCUCCUCAGAGCGCUUCAGCAGCGUAUGAGAAAACGAACAAUCUAUGAAGAAGACGAACAGACGCGAAUGCUAAGGCCGGAACAAGAGAGCGAGGUGGCUGCGCUGCUAGGGAGUCCGACUGAUGCACUUGACACUCUUUCCCUAGCAGCGGUCGAGUUAUCUUACGAAUUUCUUCGCAGGGUCACGCUUCCAUGCAUCCAGGAGUUGGAAAGUCAUCGCAACCUUGACAUCAUCCGUAAAUAG